AUUAAUUUCUUCAUUUAAAAUUAAAAUGAAAAAUUGAAGUCGUUGAUAAUUUUUUUAUUACUUUAUUCCUGUCGUAGAAGAUUUAUAAUUUAUUAAAAAAAGAAGUGGAAGGAAAUUCUCAAAUUAAAACAACUUUAGUGGUAUAAUAAUGUCUUUGUACGAUGAUUUAGACACAAUAAAAGCGAGGACCACUGAAAAAGUAGCUGGGUGGUCUUCGGGAAUAAAAUUGUUACAAUCACAGUUACAGCUUAAAAAAGCUGCAGUAACCCAACCUAGAAGAGAGGCUUUACGUCGUUCAACACAGGUUUUGACGCCAGUUAUAGAUUUGAAAAGCAAACCGAAAGAUGAUGAAGAGUCGAAUUCUAACAGCCCAAAGUCACAACCACAAAUUAUCACAGCUUCAUUAAAUGUUCGAGAUUUUGACUGGAAUGUGCCUAAUGAAUAUGAUCCGAUGUGGCCUAAUGAUUAUGAAAAAGUUGCUAAAGAAAUGCAAGCAAAAAGGCUUCAAUUAGAUAGUGGUGAUAGAAAUGAAAGAUCUGAAAGAAAACGCAAGAGUCGGUUUGGAGAUGAAGAUGAGAUCAUACCAGAGAAAACUUUAAUACCCAUGCAACCAGAAGAGGAAGAAGCUGAAGAAAUUUCUAAACGCUCUGCAGGGGCUGCUAUAGCUCCUCCACCUUCAUUAACAGUAGAAACUCCAUCCCCACCACCACCUGUUGUUGCUCCUACAGCAACACCAGCACCUGGCUUUUCACUGGGCGGUUAUGGAGCCAGCUCAGUAGCUGCCAAGAUCAUGGCCAAAUAUGGUUUUAAGGAAGGUCAAGGCUUGGGCAAGAAGGAGCAAGGUAUGUCAGUGGCACUUCAAGUUGAGAAAACAUCAAAACGAGGCGGUCGUAUUAUUCAUGAAAAAGAUGGAAAUGUGAUGCCACCGCCAGCAUUUACUAUGCCUGCACUUCCUGGGCCAGACUCACCAAAUGCAUCUUCUAAUUCACCACAGCUUUCGAAACAAGAGCCCUCAAUUACAGAAAUAAUGAAAUCACCAAGUAAAGUUGUGCUUUUGAGAAACAUGGUUGGACCUGGUGAUGUGGAUGAAGAGCUUGAGCCUGAAGUAAAAGACGAAUGUAACACAAAGUAUGGUGAUGUAAUGAAAGUGUUGAUAUUUGAAUUGCCGAAUGCUCCUUCAGAUGAAGCAGUGAGAAUAUUUGUUGAAUUUAAACGUAUUGAAAGUGCUAUAAAAGCUGUUGUAGAUUUGAAUGGAAGAUUUUUUGGCGGCCGGCAGGUUAAAGCUGGGUUUUAUGAUAUAGAAAGAUUUAAUGCUCUACAGCUAACUGAAUAAAUAUUUUAUAAUUAUGUUAUAGUGUUUUAAAUCUUUAUUAUUAUAUGCUUUUGACACCUAUGCACAACUGGGAUGUUCUUAUUG